AUGUUCAGAAAUGUGGACAUGAGCAGAAUAUUUGACAAUAUAGAUGGAGAUAAGAUGUUUAAUGCAGACGAAGAUCUCCUCAGACAGAUGGAAUCUGAGAGGCAAAAAGGGUUGGUGAACAACAUGCAGGACUACAAGGGCGCAGAUUUUGACCAUCUUCUGAACUGGAUCGAUACCAUCGUGUCGCUCUGCAGGAAUCUCGACGGAGUGUGUCAUAAAAUUGAUGGAUUCUUCCCCUCUGAUGAUGGUAGCAACACCAUGGCAUGGCUCAGGAAUGCAAUGGAGGAGAGGGAAUCCCUAGACUUUUCCAGUCUAUACGCAAAUUAUGCACAUCCUGAAUACACCAUGAGUCGUGAAAACUUUUCGGAAAACCAACAAGGCUGGGGAAUGGAAGAUCCAGGAAUGCUAAAGAGCGAAGGCAGUGGCAAGAUUUUGCCGCAAAAGAGCCGAAAACAAAAGAAAGGAGACCAGUUGGCAAACCUCAAACUGCUUGAAAAUGGCGGUGAAAUGAUUGUGGUCAAGCGGAGGAAGAAGCGGUCCACAAAUGUGAACAUUAUAAAGGUGACCAAUGCCUACGACUACCUCCUGGAAAUCCCGUGGUUUUCAGAGCCGGACCCUUCAAAAGGGUCACAUCAAUACAAAUGUUCCAUUCCUGGAGUUUAUUGGGACAAACGCUCCUGGAUAGCCUCAUGGUACCGCGACGGCCGGCGUUACUAUUCGAGUUUUUCUGCAAAGUUGCAUGGAUUCUACAAGUCAAAGUACUAUGCCAUUCAAGUGCGUCUCUACAACACCAUGUACAAUGGACAAGUCAGAAAGCCAGAGUAUAAUGUGAAGGACUCGUAUGAUAACUUUUGUAAGGAAGUUUUGUAG